CUUGACUCUAUCAGCUUGUAUCCGUGGCUGCCGAAAUGUCUGACGAAAGUUCUCACGAAGCAGAUCUCUGUUCUACUCACAGCGCCGCGGAUCUAAGCCCUCCGCCUGCAGGCCCUCCGCCUCAGCGCCGUCGCGAUAAGAAACAGCUUUCAUGCGAAUUCUGUCGCAAGAGAAAGUUAAAAUGUGACAGAACGCAGCCAUGCUCUGCUUGUACAUCUCGCAGCUUGAGCUGCUUCUUUCCCAGUGCUCGCGCACCUCGGCUUAUAUCGCGGCCGGCGCCCAGGCCCCAAGCUUCACAGAAGCCAAGCCUCUCAGUUCUUGAGGGCAAAGUCAAAUCCUUGGAGCAGAUGAUGAUAUCGACUUUGGCUACCAUACGUCACGAGCGACCUGACCUCGACGCUUCGUCGCCCGUAAGCAGCAGCGGCAUCCCGCUGCGACCUCAUCUAGCCGAGGCUGGGACGAUGCGCCGCGGUAAUCAAGGGACAGAGUAUUUCGGAGGCAUUCACUGGGUUGCCAUAAUGGAUGGAAUCUCGGAAUUGAAAGGCCACUUUGAGAAUCUAAAUGAGAUUCAGUCUCCCGAAACGUACAGUUACGAAGUACCCGACGAGUCGCGCCAGCGUCCACUCUUGCUAUACAGCGGUACACAGCCGCCUCCAAAGGAAAGAUUAAUCUCUGAGCUGCCUGAGAGAAAUAUAGUAGACAGGAUGGUGUUUUAUUAUUUCAGUGAGAUAUCGAUGAUGCCGCUGAUGGCCCUUCAUCCCCCGACGUUUCUUCGAGAAUACGAACAAUUCUGGGCCAACCCUUGUCAUGUGUCCAUCCACUGGAUCGGCCUCCUCUAUAGUAUACUCAGCAUCUCGACCGUAUUCUCACGCAAAUCGGAAGCCCCAACCGGUGAUACUAUGUCGGAUUCCGGAUACACUACGCAAUAUUCAGAAUAUGCCCGUCAAAUGGUACACUGCCUGAAGGCUGGAGACUAUGUUCGAGGAGGACCAUACAUUCUUGAGACACUGAUCAAUUACACGGUGCUGGAACUUAUGAUGACAAGUCCCUCCCCGAGUGUCCAUUCAGGGAUGUAUGCAACAACAGGGCUGAUGACGCAGAUCGCCUUUCGCAUGGGCUACCACCGUGACCCGUGCCACUUCCCCCAGAUAUCUUGUUUCGAAGGCGAGAUGCGGCGGCGAAUCUGGGCCACGAUCCAUAUCUUGGAUACCUCAAUGUCUGUGCUCAGUGGCUCACCAAGGGUCAUAGCUGAAGGGUCGUGGGACACCAAACCGCCUCGGAACCUGCACGACGGUGACCUCGAUCCAAGCUGCACUACUCUUCCUGAGUCACGCCCAGACUCCGAACUGACUCCAGUGUCAUGCCCACUGGCCAGGUAUAAGCUGAGUCUCACCGUCGGUUGGCUGAUCGACGCCAACGUUUUUCAAGGUCUCAUACUGCCUUCUGAGAAGCGACACGCAGAGGCCCGCCUUGCAGAGACGUGGAACGCCAUUCCGGAUAGAUUCAAGUUUGAAUCGCUGAGCAAUUGUCUUUCCGAGUCCCCAGCAGGAGUAGGGCAACGAAUAGGCCUCACCACCCUCUACAACAAGAUGUACAUAAUGCUACACAUAUCUCACCUUCUCAAGAGCCCCGGAUCGGCCGUCGAUGGAGACCCUCCUGCGGAAGAGGAUGUCGAGUAUCAACUGCACUCACGACGUAAAUGUAUACAAGCAGCCCUACAAAACGUAGAGUUAUUCAUUAUCAUGGAGACGGAAUCUCGGCCCGGUGGCGCUCUGACUGUGCUGAGGAAUAAGAUGUCCCUACUCGCAGUGCACGAGGCCCUCGUUGCAACGGCGGUUCUCAGCACAUUCCUCUAUCAUUUCGGAACAUGGCCUGCGACGACCGGCGAGACCGACGGUAUUGACAUGACGCACAUCGAGGCUACGUUGAGGAAUUGCAGGGACACGUGGGUGCGAUGGAGUGAGUGGUCGUCAGACGCCAGAAGGGCUGUAGAAUUGCUGGCCCUGGUGUUCCAGAAGCUGGAUGGGAGCAUGGAGACGGUGCCGAUGAGUGAAUUCUCACUGGCUUUGGAUGGUAUGGGCUUGAAUUUUGGCUGGGAUACUGUGUAUUUAUGAUCUGUUAUUAAUAUCGGUGAACGUAUGAUGCCCCC